CAGCUACAAGUCUCCGUCUUGAAAGUCACUGACAAAAGAUUGCUGAAUCCCAACAUCUCUAUAUAAUACAAUUGCAUGCGGCUGGAAUCAAGAUGUUUAACGCCCUAAACCGCUUCAUAUCAAGGCUCGAUUCCGACGCGCCAGCCCAGACGUCCACCUACAAUGCAUUUGGCUUCCAAGUCCUACGAAAUAAGAAUGCCGACCUUCCAAUUGAGCCUUGGUUUGAUUUUGUAGUUGGGAUCAAUGGGCGCAUGAUUGAGGACUCAGAUCCCAGUCUCUUCGCCCAAGAAGUCCGCAACUGCGCUGGAGGCACCGUCACUCUUGGACUCUGGAGCGCAAAGGGCCAACGAACACGCACCUUGCACGUUCCCAUCCCCUCGGACAACCCCACCCUAGGCAUAUCCCUCCAACACGCGCCCCUCUCCACCGUCGCAACAAUCUGGCACAUCCUCGACGUCCCCGCCAACUCCCCCGCCGACCUCGCCGGCCUCCUCCCCUACAGCGACUAUAUCCUCGGCACCCCUGAGGGAAUCCUGCACGGCGAAGCCGGCCUCGGUGAGCUGGUAGAAGACCACAUCGGCCGGCCCCUCAGGCUGUACGUGUACAACAACGAAUACGAUGUCACGCGCGAAGUCACCAUCCAACCGAGCCGCGACUGGGGCGGAGAGGGUGCGUUAGGCUGUGUACUUGGAUAUGGUGCGCUGCACCGCAUACCCGCGCCGCUCAGUGAGCCCGUUGCCGAGCCGGGAUCGACGCUUUUCGAUGGCGAGCCGGCACGAUUCUCGAACGAGGAGUCAAGGGCGGCUGCGCUCUCUGCCACCGGUGCCCCACCUAUCACAACCGCUCCUUCCGAGUUCCUCAUCCCCGCACAGUUGCCUGGAGCAGCUCCGCCGCCUCCAGCUUCGUCAGACAAGGCGCAUAGGAAACACGGGCGCGGACAUGAUAAAACAGUACAAGCGAAAGGAGGAGAGCUGGACGAUUAUUUUAUGGAAGGCGAGCAAAAGAGCAGAGAGUUAGACUACGUGCCGAGUGCGAAACCUACCAACACGCCGCCACCCCCGCCGCCUAAGAGUGGAGGUCCUCCGAAGGCCACGCCAGGCCCGCCUAAGGGAGGACCCCCUCUAGGAGGGCCCCCGAAGGCUGGGGAGUCGAAGGCUGGGGAGUCGAAGGCUGGGGAGUCGAAGGCUGGGGAGACGAAGGAAACCGAGAAAGAGGAAGAGGAAGAUAAACCGGUUGCUAAUUAG